UAAAUCAGAUGGGCCAAGACUACAGCUACUCUCAGCCUGAUUCCUCAGAUCAAUAUGAUAGAUACUCUGACGACACUGAGGACAGGGAAAUAGAUGCUUUGAUUCGGAUGUAUAAGGCUGAGAGUAGCUUCAUGAAUGCUCAGGCGACUCAAUACCCUCCUCAACCUGAGGUUGAGUUCGGAUUCCCGAAGGUAUGCUACUGUGGUGGUCAGCCCCUCUUAUCUUCAAGUUACAACAGACGGUUCUUCACAUGUGGAAAUGUUGAUGAUGGAGAGAUGCAUAUUCACAAGUGGUGGGAUGAACCUGUCAUGGAGGAGAUGAGAGAGAUGGGCAGACAAUGUGAAGUGCUGUCUCAGAAGGUAGAUAACCUUACAUUCUCGAGUAACUAUGAGACAGCGCAGAAAAUAGUCCGGUUAGAGAAGGAAGUGUUUGAGCUAGGGAAGACCAGAAAUAGGUUUAGAAAUGGUUUUGAAUUGAUGGUUUUGGUAAUUGCUUUUGUGGUAGCAAUACUAGGUAUGUCACAGAUCGUUACUAUACAGUCACAAGCUUUUGUCACGAAUCGUUACUAUAUAGUCACAAGCUUUUGUCACGGAUCUGGUGCAUUGCUUUUGUCACGGAUCGUUGCUGUGGUAGUCACGUAUUGA